CCCACGGCGGCCCGCGCCUGCGCAAGCUUUCCGGCCUGCGCGCCGGCACCUUCUGCGCUUUUUCUUUGCCCUGUGGCUGAAAUCUCGAGGGCCGGGUGGGACGUACUAGGUGGUGCGCAGGUUUGGUCACUGUGGCGGUGUCUCCCUUCGGCUUGGCUCUCAGUACCGGGCGUUUUCGUGGCCUCGGCCCCGUCCUUGUCAGAUCCCGUUUCCUCUCCCGCCCCCGCCCCCGUCCCCCAUUCCUGAGCGCGCCUUCCUCAAGCUCGUCCGCCUCCCCGGUCCCGGUCCUCCUCGGAGCUCACCAACACCACACCCGGUCCAGUCGUCCUCGGGCCCGCUCCAGCCCUUGGCGUGCCUUCCUAAGGCACUCUCUGACCCCCGGCCCCUCCUCGGAGCCCUCCCACACCUCCACCUCUGCUCCCGCGACCCCGUUAUAGAAUGGGGGACAACACCAGCCCCAUCAGCGUGAUCCUGGUGAGCUCGGGGAGCAGGGGCAAUAAACUGCUAUUCAGGUACCCAUUCCAGAGAAGCCAGGAGCACCCGGCGUCUCAGACAAAUAAGCCUCGUAGCAGAUAUGCCGUGAACAACACCAGAGAUAACGCUGAGGAUCAGGACGGUGACUCCAGCGAGCCAUGUCCUCCAACCGAUGAGCAAUUGGUUGCAGGGUUUUCAGAUGUCAUUCUGGCAACAAUUUUGGCAACCAAGUCUGAAAUGUGUGGCCAAAAAUUUGAACUGAAGAUUGACAAUGUGCGUUUUGUUGGGCACCCGACGCUCCUGCAGCAUGCGCUGGGGCAGGUCUCCAAAACAGACCCAUCCCCAAAGAGGGAGGCUCCCACCAUGAUUCUUUUUAAUGUGGUGUUUGCACUGAGGGCCAACGCGGACCCCUCGGUGAUCAACUGCCUGCACAACCUUUCCCGACGGAUCGCCACCGUGCUGCAGCACGAGGAGCGCCGCUGCCAGUACCUCACUCGGGAGGCCAAGCUGAUCCUCGCGCUGCAGGAUGAGGUGUCCGCUGUGGCCGAUGCAAAUGAUGGUCCUCAGUCCCCAUUCCAUCAUAUCUUGCCCAAGUGCAAGCUGGCCAGGGACCUGAAGGAAGCUUAUGACAGCUUGUGUACGUCUGGCGUGGUGCGGCUGCACAUCAACAGCUGGCUGGAGGUGAGCUUCUGCCUGCCCCACAAGAUCCACUACGCGGCCGCAAGCCUCAUCCCCCCUGAGGCCAUAGAGCGGAGCCUGAAGGCAAUUCGCCCAUACCACGCCCUCCUGCUGCUCAGCGACGAGAAGUCCCUGCUGGGUGAGCUCCCGCUCGACUGCUCCCCAGCCCUGGUGCGCGUGAUCAAGACCACAUCAGCUGUGAAGAACCUGCAGCAGCUGGCCCAGGAUGCAGACCUGGCCUUGCUGCAGGUUUUCCAGCUUGCGGCUCACCUGGUGUACUGGGGCAAGGCCAUCAUCAUCUACCCGCUGUGUGAGAACAACGUCUACAUGCUUUCUCCCAAUGCCAGCGUAUGUUUGUAUUCCCCACUGGCUGAGCAGUUCUCCCACCAGUUCCCGUCGCAUGACCUGCCAUCUGUCCUUGCCAAGUUCUCCUUGCCUGUCUCCUUGUCAGAAUUUAGGAACCCCCUCGCUCCCCCUGUGCAAGAGACGCAGCUCAUUCAGAUGGUGAUAUGGAUGCUGCAGCACAGGCUCCUGGUCCAGCUGCACACCUACGUUUGCCUGAUGGCCUCGCCCAGCCAGGACGAGCCCCGCCUGCGCGAGGAAGAGGUCCCCUUCACUACCAGGGUCGGCGGCCGCAGCCUCAGCACACCCAAUGCCCUGAGCUUUGGCUCCCCAACCAGCAGUGACGAUAUGACGCUCACUAGCCCCAGUAUGGACAACUCCAGCGCAGAGCUUCUCCCCAGUGGGGACUCCCCGCUGAACAAGAGGAUGACAGAGAACCUGCUGGCCAGCCUGUCAGAGCAUGAGCGGGCAGCCAUCCUCAGUGUGCCUGCGGCCCAGAACCCUGAGGACCUCCGCAUGUUUGCCAGGCUCCUGCAGUACUUCCGUGGCCGCCACCACCUAGAGGAGAUCAUGUACAAUGAGAACACAAGGCGCUCCCAGCUGCUCAUGCUUUUCGACAAGUUCCGCAGCGUGCUGGUGGUGACCACCCACGAGGACCCAGUCAUUGCUGUCUUCCAGGCUUUGCUUACAUGAACCUGGGCUGAGGACGCAGAGGCAGGCUGCUGCAGUGGGUGGGGGCACUGGCAUCUCCCCACCCCAGGGCUCCUCCCCCCUUGCCUGAGUCCUCAGCCCUGAAGUGUGACUUCAGCCCAGUUCAGCUGCCACACGGGAAUGCUACCCUUUGCAUUGCCACUCAUCUAGUCCUCAAAACAGUCUCAGUGUCUGAGCUGAGAAGGUGAGGCUCUGAGCUGGGGGGAGCAGCGUUCAGGACUCAUGCUGAACGAGGCCUGCGUGCUUCCCACACAGAUUUGGGUCAUGUUUCCUUGACCUUCCUCCCAACCCUGUCUGUGUUCCCUGGCACCCUCCACUGUUGCCCUUCCAAGACUGUGAGAGCCGAGUGCCUGGCCCAUCCUGUGCGGCCCAGCACUGUCCCAUUCCUCCUCGUUAGCUGCGGGCCUUCCCUGGCUGGGCCCUCACCACAGCCCAAUGUUAGCUACCAGGAAGCUCGUGGCCAUGCCAUCUACCUGCCUUU